GAGAGACCCGGCAGCUGGCAGCACGAGCCACCAGCCUCAGUCCCGUCAGAGUGACGACAAAAACAAGUUAAAAACAACAAAACAAACAAACAUCAGAGGAGAAGAAAAUAAACAACAACAGCAGCAGCGAGCAGGGACCAACAUGCCCACGGAGCUGUCUGCAACGUCAGGCCGGUCAGCGAGCGUCUGUCUGCGGGGAAACAGCGUGAGGCAGCCCGGGGCAUCAUGGCCGCUGUGACCGCCAACACCCGCACACUCAUGACGGAUCCAGUCCGACUGUCGGAGCGCAGCGGCCGGGUCGCGGCUCCGGGAGGCGGCGGCAGGUCGGCGGAGACCUGGAAGAGAGACAUCCUCCGUCAGCUGAGGCACCGAGACCUGAGCCAGCACGACCGGUUCCAGGACCUGAUCCGCUUCUACACUCAGCUGUUGGACAAAACCAGUCUGGCCAAAGGAAUCCUGAGCUGCUCCUCCAGACGUCUGUCCUCUGACAGCAGCUCGCUCUCCGCUCUGCGUCACCAGAACAACCAGCUGAAGAAAACCACCGGAGAGUUGGCCUAUCAGGUGGUGGAGCUGCAGCGGCAGAUUAAGAUCAAGGAAUGUGUUCUGGAGGAGCAACAUGCCAGGCUGUUGAAGGAGGAGCGCCGGCUGGCGAGUGCGUUUGAUGCUCGUCAGGAGCUGCUAGAGCGGGUGGAGCAGGUUCAGGCGGAGAACGGGGCGUUGAAGACGGAGUACGACGCCCUGCUGGAGCGACAGCGGGGGGCGGAGACGAGCCUCAGAGAGGAGAAGGUCCGAGGAGGGCACCUGCUGGAGGACAUGAUCCAACUGAAAAAACAGGCCGCCGCCCGCAUGAACAGCCGCAACGAACGCAGGUCCAGAGCUCGAGAGGCCAACCUGCAGAAGGAGCUGCAGACUGCUGCGAGGUCAAAGGUCACCGUGGACAGUCCUUCCAGCGCUCCGACCUCCAGAUCCACGUCUCCAAAGAAUGAAAAUGGGUCCACAGAGAGAAAACACACCCGACUGUUCAGAUCAGCGUCGGUGACGUCCCCGAGGAUCCUGUCCUCCAUCAAAGGGCUGUUCGACAGGAAGAGGCGGGGCCAUUCAGUCUGCAGUCUGGAGGAAGAUCUGAUGUGUCCUGUAGGGGUCUGUCUGUCAGCCCGGGUCCCCGUCAGAGCUCGACAAGUACUGGAGGCCCACGAGCAAGGCAUCAACGCUGUGAGGUUCAGCUCCAGCUCCGACCUGCUGGCCACUGGAGGAACUGACCGAGUCAUCAAACUGUGGGAGGUCAGAGCGGGCUCGCUGACUCACAGAGCGACUCUGGAAGGCAGCACAGAGGGAAUCACCUGCAUCGAGUUCGACCCAAUGGGUCGGAGGAUCCUCGCCGCCUCCUACGAUAAGUCGGCCCUGCUGUGGCGACUGGAAGACUCCGUUCCCAAGCUGACUCUAACAGGUCACAGCAGGAAGGUAACAGCGGCGAGGUUCAGCAGUCUUUCUCACCAGGUGGUGACGGGCAGCGCAGACAGAACCAUCAGACUGUGGGACCUUCAGAGAGCCGCCUGUGUGCAGGUCGUGGAAGUGGCGUCGUACUGCAGUGACCUGGUCUGCUCUGAGAACUGUAUCAUGAGCGGACACUAUGACUGUAAGAUCAGAGUCUGGGACACCAGGACGGUCAGCUGCGUUCAGGAGCUUCCCGCUCAGGGUAAAGUCACCUCGUUGGACAUCAGCUCCGACCACCGCAAGCUGCUCAGCUGUUGCCGCGACGACUGCCUCCAGCUGGUCGACCUGAGGAGGUGGAGCAACGACCGCAUGUGCUUCAGAGAGGAGGGCUUUAAAUGUGGCAGCGACAGCACCAAAGCUGUGAUCAGUCCAGAUGGGUGCUACCUUGCAGCUGGAUCGGCAGACGGUGCUGUUUACAUCUGGAAUGUCUCCACUGGCAACCUGGAGACCCGCCUACCUGACAAACACAGUUCAUCCAUCAGUGCCGUUUCCUGGUCUCUGUCUGGUGAAUACGUCGUCAGUGUGGAUAAAAGCAGGCUGGCCGUCCUCUGGACCGACAUCUGAAACGGCCAGUCUAUGAAGAAGUGUCCCAGCAACAAACUAACUGAUCUGAGAGCUGCCAAAGGGAACCUAUUUUUAAGCUAUUUGUUGAUUGGACCAAAAGGGUUGUAAAACGUUCUUCUCAAGUGCCUUUUUUGCAUUUUAUAACAUAACUUUAGAGCAUUAAUACAGACAAAAAAAAGGGAAAACCGAUAGUUUCCGCCAACAUUAAGUUUUAUUGACAGUAAAGACGAAAGGAAACCAGCAACCAAGACAUUCCUGUAAUGUUUGAAAAGAGCAACUUUAUUGUAAGACCAAUGUGUUUAAGCUCAUCAGUCAUCAUACAGGACAUAAUAUAUACUGGAAUAUUUAACGAAAAGGUUAAAAAAUAUAAAAACACAUCGAGUCAUAAACAGAAUCAUAGAGUAAGAAGUGAGACAUCAUAUUCAGUCUUUACCUAAAUGCUCCUAUUUUGUUGGUCCGUUCAGGAAGUUGUGAUGUUGCCAAUCUCAGUGCAUUCGGCUCGACCUUGUAAUUUCAUCCAAUUACCAAAACUUUUGACGUCACCAAACUAUUAGGGGAGCGAAUCUUUCUUUUGAACCUGAAACCUAUUGGUCUCAGAGUAAAGUUUUUAUUUUUAUUAUGUACUUGAAUUUUGACCUUUCAGACUUUUUGAUUCUUUAUUCACCUUUGGAAGAAGCCUGAAAUCCUCAAGUGAUAACAGCUGAUUUCUUCACACACAAAUUACAGACAAAAGAUGAGGCAUUUGCAGAGGUCAGAUGCAGCUGUGCAGCUCUCGGCGGUGGAUUUACAUUUAAAAGGCGCCCUGCGUUAAUCCUCUGUUUGCCUCCUCGGCUUUGAAGACUGAAGUCAGCGGCUUCAAAGAGAAAAGUCGGCGGCCGGAGGCUCUGAUGGAGCCUGAACACAUCGGCAUGAGACUCAUUUACAUCCAGCUUUAUGAUCUGAUCUGACCUCUGCCAUCUUUAUGUUAAACUGAUCAUUUAGUGACAGUAAUCAACAAGGCCACCAGACCUCAACAUGAAGCUGCACAGUCCGUCUACAGACACACUUUAUAAAUUAAUGUUAAACUUAUUUAUAGAAAACAACGGCUGUUACCCAAAGUGCACUUCAGAGAGAUUUCAAAUACAAUUAAAUAACAAAUAUUUGUAUUGUUAUAUUCAUAAUUAAGAGAACUAAAAUGCAGCUGUAAAACAGGAUUUAAGGCAUUUGUGACAUUUGUCCUAAUCCAAGUCCUUUAAUAGUCCGAUAUGAUAUUUAUAUCUGUGCUGUAGUCAAGACAGUUGAGACAAAACCAAGUUGAAAGAGGUUCGAGUCCAGGUCAUUGACACAAAGUCCAAAGUCAAAGCUAACUUUACUAAAGUUGUGAAAGAUAUUGUGCUUUUAGCUAGAUGUUAGCUAAUGUUAGCUUGUCCUUGUUUAUGAUCGGUUCCAGAAAACAUGUCACAUGUCCUGGUUCACUGAGCGCUUUUAUAAAAAUAUUUCUGUUGAUGGUUGUUUCCUGUCAAUCAACUGACUCCAUUACAUCUCUUAAAGUGGAUGUUCAGACGUCAGAGGGCCCCUGAUGGUUUUAUUGGAAACCAAACUUUUUCUUUUUCAUGUUUUCUGUGUUAUUUAUUUGUUCAAAGUAUUUCUUGUUUAAAAGGGAACAUUUGUUAGGAUGAAAGGAGGAGCUCGGGACUGACGAAGGGAUAGAAACAAAAUAUGAAUUAAUAAGAGAGACAAAGUGCUGCUGCUGUCAGUUCAGCCUGAGUCCAAACUAAGGGAAUAACACUGCAGUAUUGUGAAGGAUAGAACAUAUUUAAUUGUUUAUUAAUACAGUUAACAAAUAACAACUGUAAUCACAUGAAAUAUGUCUUCAUAAUUUAUAUGGAUAAAUAAAUAAAUAAGAAAUGUUCUCGCGUUGUGGUCGGCGUCGGUCGUUUUUAGACGUUAGUUCAACAACACGAGAACAUUUCUUCUUUAUUUAUUUAUCCAUAUAAAUUACAGAGUCCAAAGUCAAAGCUAACAUUACUGCAAAGCUAGUGGGACAUAUUGUCUGUUUGUGCUUUUAGCUGCAUAAUGUUAGCUCACGUUAGCUUGCUGGCUAACUGACUAAUAGUGCUUUGUUAGCCCCCAGCUAACAGCGAUGCGAGGCAGUGUCCUUUGUGGCGUAGGAACAUUACAGAUAUAGUAAUAGUUAUAAAUAUGAUUGUCAUUCAUUUUUCAGCAUUCAGUGUUAAUUUCAGCGUUGAGUCUCGUGUACGUCAUGUGACUGUUUUGGCUGCAGUUAGCUUAGCACCGCUAGCUACUGCACAAUGUUUGUGUGUUAAUGUCUGGAGGGGUCUUUAAGUUAUCUCACCUGCUCACCAACAUAAAUGCUCCGACUGGUUGUAAAAAAAGUGGAAAACAUUACGAUUUAUUGAAAAUAUAAUAUUGAAUUGAUGUUGUUCUGUCAGCGGGGAUGAAAAGGUGUUUUAAUAUCUCUUUAAUGUUUCCACUCUGCUGUCUUUAGUUCUAAUAAACUCUGGUUUCUAACCUCCCGUCCUUCA